CUAAGGUCAAGGUCUUGAAGAACCGCCUAUUAUUCCAUUUAUUUGUCAUUCGUGCGUUUAUACCGUGAAUAUGACCCGAGACAUUUCAACUCUGAUGAUAGGCACGCUCAGCGCCGGUAGGACGGAUCAGUUUGGCAGGGAAUGGGACCAACGACGCCCUCUUCUGCUCGAUACCGUCAUGGAAGGUCGGGAACGGGCUUCUCACAGCAGACUGCUUCAAAUGCCCGCUGAAAUCCUAGCCAAUAUAGUCGACUUAUUGAGCGACGACAAUUCGACUCUGGAAUCACUUGCACUUGUUAAUAGCGACUGCCGGCAGCUCGCACGUUGCUGCCAGUUUGCCGAGGUGCAUUUUGACUACAGCCACCAGGCACGGCAGCUUUUGGUAGAGCUUGCACGUGGAGUUUUGACAAAACCCCAACAACCUACUAUUGCCGCCUGCGUUCGUAGAGCCACCUUCGCGCCCCUCCCGCACUACGUUGCAUCACAUCACCGGGAGAUUUAUGAAUCUAUCUGGGGUGAAACAGCACAAUCGGUCACUCGGGAGCAACGGGAGGCGCUCGAAAAGGAAGGCGGCGAGUACUACAUGCAAUUGCGAAAAACCUCGAUGCUGGCCAUUUCAACAAUGCGUAACCUGGAAACUCUGGUUUGGGAGGACAGGUUUUCACUUGACAGGAACUUUUUCGAAACAGUCACUCGUUCCACAGCUCAGCACGUCAAGCUGAACAGAACGACCAUGGAUGAACCCUGGCCUAUGGGACCGCCGCUUACCCCUACGACUUGGCCAAUUCGGUCCCUGGAUCUUGAUAUCUCGUUGUCUUUCAGCUACUCGGACGAAGAUGAAGAGACAUCAGAUAGUACAGGGUCCACACAUCCGAUGACCAACUUUUUCUCUACGCUUUUCCAGCUUUGCUCUCCAACCCUUGAGUCACUGAGGUGGGCUUACAUGGAGUUCCGGCCCAGCACGAGGGGUCCCGUCUCGCUCGGCAACAAUCCUAUAUCAUUUCCUCGCCUGCGGCACUUGCAGCUUGAAUGGCUCGAACUUGAGAGUUCAGCAGUUUCGUCAUUCUUCUCUGCCCCUCUUAAGUCUCUUGAGUUAUCUCAGUCGAUCUUGGCUCGUCUUGGGGCCCAUAUCCCUUCUUAUGGGACUUUCCGGGAUCUUGAGAGUUUCAACGUUCCCUAUUUGCCUGAAGAGAGCGAUCUCUGCAAGUACGUUGCAGAUUUCGUCGUGCAACACAAACAUGUCCGCAGACUCUAUAUUUAUGAACGCGACACUGCAACUGGCAGCAAGGCGCACCUCGAUCGCUACAUCAUCCCAGCGCUCACCAGCCAAGAUUUCAGCAAUCUAUGCUCCUUGUCUCUAGCAUGGGGUGGAGGUAGCACGGAUGACUCGACAAAACCACACGACGUUCACGUUCCUAAAGCGGCCCUCGCAACAAUUGGAGCACUUGUGUCCCUCGAGCAACUUUGCCUCUGCGCUGGCAUCCGCCUGGGAUGGCGACACCAAUGGCUCGUCGAUCAUAACGAAGUCCGUAGUCACUUUGGCCAGCUCAAGAGGCUCAGAAAGCUGGCACUAGUCCGUGAUACGUACUCCAUCCCAUGUCCUGGUUUCGAUGUUGAGGAGUAUUAUAACUUUCGAUUCGAAGGAGACCAAGAGAGCAUUGAUGCCGAGGACCGGCCGGAACUUGACAUAAAUGAGAACCCUGAUCUUGAUAGUAGACCUGAGGGAGAAGAGAUGGAAGAGGAUGUUGAAGAUAACGAUUUCCACCAUCAAGUGUGGGAAAGAGCUCAUCGAAAUCGUAUGCUCGCACAGGCUGAGGAGUAUGCCGCAGCUUUGCCAAAACUGGAGUGGAUGUUUUGCGGACAGCGGCCUAUGGGAUUUGAGCAGAAUCUUGAAAGUCCUGAUACACCUCGAAAAGCAGUGCCGUUGACAAGAGGUAGGGAUGAAUGCUACACGUUUCUGGAGUCAACUUUUAGAGGAUCUUCCACCGUCUAGUGGUUGAAUAGAUUGUUGAGGGUAGCCUGUUUUUUGGGAAACCAGCUUGCAUUAUGACUUAGUAUGACUCCGCCCCAAUCGUCACUUCGCUCAACUGCUCCAGCUUCAGCUCAGCUUGGGCCAUCUCCGCCGGCACCAUGUUGCCCGCGAAGUCACGCUCCCGCGCCUUGGACAGGAGCAUGAUGCCAUCCAGCGACCUGCACCGCGACAGCUGCACAUACAGGCUGUAUGGGUCGCAUGUACUCGGAACUGCCUGGCCGCCAAUAUUGGUCGUCCUCGUCCC